ACUGUUCACGUCGUGAAUAUGUCUACACCUGUGCGUUAUGUAGAUUUGAUCCACCGGAGAAAAAAGAUAGUUUACAAGUAUACAGAAUUUGGAAGUAUUUGUUAAAGUGCCGAUUGUAUUCAAGCGUUAAAAUUAUUAUUUCUGCCAAAAUAUAUGAAAUUUGAUACAGUGAAUUUAAAACUUCCGGGCUGGAAAGCUGUCUUUACAGCUCAGAAAACAGAGAAGUUAGUCCACAGAAAAAAGCCCGACAUUGUUGGUGAUUGAUAACAUUGCCCUCAUUGCUUGUAAAAAACAGAAUGAAUAAAUGAAAUGGACACCCCAAGUUAUGUGAAGAAAACGCCAUUAAAAUCAAUCGGUGCCCGAGACAUUCUGAAAUUGGACUAUGAAAAGUGUGGUCAUUUGAGAAAAGAGGGCGGAAUAGAGAGGAGUGUGCUUAGCAAGUUUGUCAAAUGGAGACAAUUCUUCAUCGUUUUGAGGGAUGGCUGUUGUUAUAUUUUUGAUAAUGACCACUCUACUAACCCUAAGACAGCCUUCUCAUUUGAAAACUAUUGCAGGUUAGAGUGUUUUACCAAGCCACCAGAUAUGGAAUACUGUUUUAAAGUUAUUCCCAAAGCCGAAUGCAAUGAACUGAAAGAACACUGUUUUGCUUCCUCAGACGAUACUUCUAAACAGGACUGGGUUUUAGCUAUUUACAAAGCUUUACAUGUUGCAAACAACCUUCCAAUACCAAACGUAUUGGGCAAAGGAGCUUGGAAAGAGGAUAUAUUCAAAAGAAAUGACAGUUCACUCCAUGGCUACACCUAUAUAGACGAGGUAGAGGAAGAUUCUGCGCAGGUCACCCGAAGACGCUAUACCCAGAUGCCAAUUAAGUCACCACUUACCAGAGUAAAAAGCUUACCACCACUUCCCAUACCAAAAGAAAGUUUAUCAACCGCAGAUUCUGAUUCGCCAACAGACAGCUAUGAUGACAUUCUUAGUCAAUCAUUCACAGAGAAUGCUAGGAUUUCACGAAGCGCUUCAGAGUACAGGAAAUGUAGGCCCCCUCCCUCACCUCCAACAGAGGAAAUAGACACGGUGUCAGAACAGUUAUUUUAUGCCAAUCUGGAAUCAGAGGUUGCAGAUUUGCCAUUAUUCCUUGGAGAUUCUUCAGAGGCGAAAAGAUCCAUAAAAGAUGAAGCUGUUGGAACAUUCCUUAUCCGAAAGUCAAGCACUGGUGGAGACAAAUCUAAUUUCGUGCUAGUGGUUUCAGCACCCUCCGGCGAACUUCAGUACAGAAUAUACAAAAAGGACGAAGCUGAAAUUUACAUUGUAGACGGAAUAUUUUUCAAACGACUUUCGGAACUGGUGGAACAUUAUAGGAAAAACGAUCUUCCAUGCAAUCGUAGACUGACAAAGCACCAUGGACAUAUGAAUUUAUGAAUCAAACACCGGUUUUGUUCCAAAUCGACAAAUUCUUACACUGUAUAUCUGUUAUCUCUAAUGGUGCGUUAAAAUAUUUGAAAAAAACAUGUAUGUAAUACAUAUACUUUGAUGCUUGUAAAACUAAAAUGUUUUAUUGAUCAAAUAGUGUGGAAUGAUUAGAUUUCAUUGGAGCUCAACUUUUGGGGAUUUCGUGUGCACCCGUAUCCCAUGAAUUUCAAACCACAAAGAAAUAGGCAAUUUAUGCAAUGUUUCAAAAUAAGGAAACCAUAAAUAAGAAAUUACAUCCCAACGAAACAGUAAAAUCCCCACAAUCCACGAAAAUUGCCCCCAGCCCCACCCCACAUGAGUUUAAAUGAUUCUACAGUGAUUGCCUGCUUUUCGAUUGACUGAGAUACAACAACCCAAAAAUGAUUUAGCUACCCAUGAAGUACUAUAUUCACCUCGCACUCCGGACUCGGGGAAUUUCGUACUUCCUAGGUACUGAAAGCAUGGUAUGAUAUUUUGCUUACCUGUUGUUCGAAACAUUUUCAACACUAUUGGAAGUACUUGUAUAUAUUUUUAUUAUAUAUAACUAUUGAUUAUUAAUUUGCUAUUAACAAAUAUCAUAGAAGUUAGAUAUCCACAGUUUCAUGUAUGAAGACUAUAAUCUAGAAUAUACUGUGUAAACACAUGCUCACAUUAUACAAAUUAAUGGUGUAUUUUUAUAGCUAAACACACACACACACACACACACACACACACACACACAUAUAUAUAUAUAUAUAUAA